AAGACGCAGAUUUUUUAAACGUUUGCGGGAACUGCGUUUGUGACAGAGCAGAUGUUACCAGCUAAGACUCUGUAGCGACGGAGAAGACCUAAGAGAUGGAGAAGACCGGGUCUGAAAGGAGAUAAGAUAACAAUUCUAGUGGAAUAACUCUUGACCAAAGACCCUCCCUCUUUGAUGUUUCCAAGGACACUGAGAAGAGAUCAGAGGAAAUGGGUGCUGCCUUUGUGGACGGUAACAGAGAAGCUCUCAUCCAGAGGGUUACCAUGGUGAUGCCCAUUGCAGAUGCUCUACUCCAGAGGGGAAUGAUCCAUAACGAGAAGUACUCUAACAUCGCAGCUGCCAAAACCAGCCAGGACCAGAUGAGGAAGUUGUACGAAGCCUUAACCUCUGGGGGAGUCAAAUCAGCCUUCUACAGGAUCCUCCUGGAGGUAGAACCUUAUUUGGUCCAGGAUCUGGGUGUGACUUGGAACACUGGACAGAUAAAAGUGGAUGAAAUCACAGAGCGAGUUAAAGAAAACCAUAAAGCCAGGCUGAAGAAGUUGUUUAAAUGUCUGUGUGAAGGAACAGCAGAGGAACAGUCUCGACUCGAUAGCAUUUACACCCAGCUCUACAUCACCCAGGGAGAGAGUGAAGGGGUUAAUAAACAACAUGAGGUUAGACAGAUUGAAUAUACAUCCAUGAGAAGAAACACAUCAGACACUCCCAUCAACUGCAACGACAUCUUCAAACCCUCACCUGGAGAGAAGAGUGAAGAGGAGAGAACCGUCAUGACAAAGGGCAUCGCUGGAAUCGGAAAAACCGUCUCAGUGCAGAAGUUCAUCCUGGACUGGGCAGAGGGGAGAGCCAAUCAGGAUGUGGAUUUCAUCUUUGUGCUUCCUUUUAGAGAGCUGAAUUUGAUUCAAGAUGAUCUGUACAGCCUGGAAGAUAUUUUGAAUUAUUUCCACCCUGAACUUAAAGAGUUAAAUGCACACAGAUAUGCUCACUGUAAAGUCAUGUUCAUUUUUGACGGUCUGGAUGAAAGCAGACUUCCAUUAGCUUUUAAUAAGAAUAAGAAAGUGAUGGAUGUAAAUGAGACAUCAUCAGUUGACAGGUUGAUCACAAACCUCAUUGACGGAAAUCUACUCUGCAAUUCACUCAUAUGGAUAACCUCCAGACCAGCAGCAGCCAAUCAGAUCCCUCGUAAGUACAUCAGCAAGGUGACAGAAGUACAAGGGUUCAGUGACAAACAGAAAGAACAGUACUUUUGGAAGAAUGUCCGGGAUGAGAAUCGGGCCAGGAGAAUCAUCUCACACAUUAAAACAUCAAGAAGCCUCCACAUCAUGUGUCACAUACCAGUCUUCUGUUGGAUUACUGCCAGGGUUCUUCAGCACAUGAUGACUGAAGGAAAGAGUGGAGAUAUCACAACUCUGACUGAGAUGUACUCUCACUUCACACUCAUUCAGACAAAUCUGAAAAGGAAAAAGUAUGAUGGCACAACUGAGGAUGAUUGGGAAAUCACAGAAAAACACAAAGAAAUAAUUCUCCAACUCGCACAACUGGCAUUUAAACAGCUGGUGAAGGGAAACAUCAUAUUCUAUAAGAGAGACCUGGAAGAAUGUGGGAUUGAUGUCACUGAAGCCUCAGUGUAUUCUGGGUUUUGUACAGAAAUCCUGAAAGAAGAGUUUGGGUUGUAUAAGAGGAAGGUGUACUGCUUUGUUCAUCUGAGCUUCCAGGAGUUCCUUGCUGCUAUGUAUGUUUUCCACUGCUGUGUGACCAAGAACAUCAAGGCCUUAGAGUCUUUCAUUGAAGAUGUGUCUUCAGAACUGCCCUUUCAUGAGCUGUUGAAGAUGAUAGUGGAUAAAACCUUGGAGAGUGAGAAUGGACACCUGGACCUGUUCCUCCGCUUCCUUGUUGGCAUCACACUGGAGUCCAACCAGAGACUGUUACAAGACCUACUACCACAGACAGAGAUCAGCUCAGAGACUGUUGAUGAAAUAAAGAAAUACCUCAGGAAGCCGAAUGUAAAGCAUGUCUCACCUGACGAAUACAUCAAUCUACUAAUCUGUUUGACUGAGUUGAAAGAUGAUUCAGUACAUGAGGACAUUGACAAGUUCCUGAAGUCAGGAAAGCAAAAAGAACAACUCUUAGGUACACACUUCUCAGCAUUGGCCAACGCACUGCUGAUGUCAAAGGGUGUGCUGGAUGAGAUCAACCUGAGGACAUACAACUACUACUGGUCACCUGGGUGUACGGGACUGGUCCCAGCUGUCAAGAAAUGCAGAAAGGCAACACUGAUUGGCUAUCGGCUAUCCAACGAGGACUAUAAAUCUGUGGCCUCCAUCCUCCAAUCACGUGACUCACAUCUGAGAGAUCUGAACCUGAACGACAGAGGGGAUCCUGAUCCUGGCGAGGAUGAUGAUGAUGAUGAAGAUGCCGAAAAGGGCUGUCUGACUGUUCUACUUGCCGCUCUGAAACAUCCACACUGUAAACUGGAGACACUGAGGUUGGGUGACUUUACACUCUCUGAGGAGGAGUAUGGAUCACUCGUCUCCACUGUCCAAUCAGCAGACUCUCCUCUGAGAGAACUGGACCUGAGGAACAGUGAGCUGUCUGAUGACGGGAGGAAACUCUUGAACUCUCUGAAAGGUCAACACUGUAAACUACAGACCCUGAGGCUGGGUGGCUACACCCUAUCUGAUGAGGACUGUGGAUCACUCAUUUCUGCUCUCCAAUCAGUUUACUCCUCUCUGAGAGAACUAGACCUAAGCAAGCGAAAUCUGUCAGAUGAUGGGAGUGAACUCUUUACUGCUCUGAAACAUCCUCACUGUAAACUGCAGACACUGAGGCUGAAUAGGUGUUAUCUGACAGAGAGAUGUUGUGAAGCGUUGGCCUCAGCUCUCAGUUCAAAUUCCUCUCAUCUGAAAGAGUUGGACCUGAGUCACAAUGACCUUCUGGAUUCUGGAGUGAAGCUGCUCUCUGUGGGACUGGGCCAUCAUUACUGUAAAGUGGAACGGCUAAGGCUGUCAUUCUGUAGAGUCACAGAGGAAGGCUGUGCUUCUCUGGCUUCAUCUCUGAGGUCAAAUCCCUCCCACCUGAGAGAACUGGACCUGAGCUUCAAUCACCCAGGAGACUCUGGAGUGAGGCUGCUCUAUGGUAGACUGGAGGAUCCUGACUGUAGACUGGAGAAACUAAAAGUGGACCAUAAUGAAGAGUUCUGGGUAAAACCACAGCUGAUGAAGAAGUACUUCGGUGAUCUCACUCUGGACUCAGUCACAGCGUGGGGAUACCUCUACCUGCCUGAGGAGAACACAAGGGAGGAUGAGGAGCAGCUGUAUCCUGAUCACCCCUUGAACCAGUUGCUGUCUAGACCGCGUGUGACUGGAAGCCGUUACUGGGAGGUGGAGAGGACAGGGUUGAUUUAUAUAACAGAAACAUAUAAAGGCCUCAGCAGGAAGGGAAAAAGUUACGACUGUCUCUUUGGAUGGAUUAACAAGUCCCCGAACCUGUACUGCAGAAGGAAUAUAUUCUCUACCUACCACAAUAAUGAACGUAUUUAUAUACCAGCUCCACAUCUUAUUAACCCUCCUCAACCCCAGAGUGACCUGGCCUCCUCUCCUCCACCCAGAGUGGGAGUGUUUCUGGACUGGCCGGCCGGCACCCUGUCCUUCUAUGAGGUCCACUCUGACACAAUGACCCACCUGUACACAUUCCAGACCAGAUUCACUGAGCUUGGUGUGAGAAAGCAAGUCAUUUUCCUGAUAAUAUAGGUGUAUUUUAGUUCUAUACUUUUGUUACAGGACACAACACAGAGGAAUGCUUUGCAAAUAUGUGCCAUUUUCUUUCCUUCCUUGGAAACAACACAAAGGUCAAUGGUUGGACAUGUGGUGUUCAUUACCCCACACAUCCCCCACACAUCCCCCACACAUCCCCCACACAUCCCCCACACAUCCCCCAUACAUUCUGUAUGGUUCCAAGAACACAGGGAGGGUGGAACAUACAUUGCACUUAUAUGAUUGGAAGACAGCCAGAUAGUGGAGGGGAUGUGUUAUAGGUUUGUCUAGUGUAUAUAUAUAUAUAUAUGCUGUUAAAGACAAAGACAUUUGGAGAAGCACAGAGACAUCUGGAAAGACCAGAGGGAGAUCGGAAGAAGGCCGAACAUCUAGGACAGACAUGUACUAUAUUUUGUGAAUAAACAACAAGGACCGCUUCUCCCCCUGACUUGGGUCUGGAGCCAUAAGCCAGCACUGUCUACCCAGGGUUUGGGCUUGGGCUUGGGCUUGGGCUUGGGCAGGGUGUUUCAAUGACCCUGUGUCAGGUGAAAAGUGCUUGAUUUUGACUUCUGAAAUAUGUAUGAACCCUGCUUCUGAAUACUCUCAUUCUUUCUCUGUCUGUAUCUCUCUCUGAUUAAACAGAGUUGAUCUAAA